AUGAAGGAAAUGCUUCUGGCCGCGCUGCUCCUCGCGGUGCCAGCCAGCUGGGCGGCCCCAAAAGAUGGCACUAACAGGUACCAGGUGGGAACCUGGGGGUGGGGAAGGAGGCACGGUGGGGUUUGAAGCUGGGUGGGGGGCUGGGGAGGGGGUCCUUGGUGCCCCCUCCAACAACACCUUCUCUUUGUGCCCUUUAGGUCGGAGCCCCUCCCCAGUGCCAGGGAGCCCCCCAUCCCGAACCCCCUCGACCCAGGGCAGGAGUCCGCCAGGUGAGUUCCUUGCCCAUCACACCCCUUUGCCCCUGGGGAGGACGCUUUGGGGGGGGGAGACUGGCAGAGAGGGAGGCAAGGUCUCUCUGCCUCUGACCCCGUCAAAUUCCCACUCCAUUGUCACCCUCAAAGGGCCCCCCAGGCUUGAAGUCGAGGAACACCCCCCAUAGAACCAUAGAAAUAUUGAAUUGUAGAAUUGGAAGGGACCCCAAAGGUCUUCUAGUCCACCCCUCACAAUACAAGUGGGCAGCUCAGUCCUUGUCCCUCGCCAGGCAGAGAAUGGGCCCCCUCCCCUCUACUUCUGCCUCCCCCCCAGCAGUCAAUUUUCUUUUUUUAAAAAACAUGAUUUUUAUUGAGUUUUCCAUAUUUCAUUUCAUUUCAUUACACAUAUCACAGCUUCUAUUAUUUGCUCAGACAGAGCAUUGACCUCCUUCCCUCCCUCUUUUCUGGCUUCCCUAUAACUUUAACAUAUCUAUCGCAUUUCCAUAAUCACUUCUUUAUCUUAUAUCAACAUUUAAGAAUCACUCUCUCAUUUGUAAAUUGGCAUCUUAAUUUCACAUUACCAAACAUUUCGUGUUAAAGCUACAAAUGUUUUCAAAUAUUUACAAUUUUAUUUCAAAUAAUAUAUAAGUCCUUUUGAAACCUUUCAUCGGGUCGAUUCCUGAUUUUCCCCGUCAACUUUGCCAACUCCACAAAUCCUGCCAUCUUUAUCUGCCAGUCCUCCAGCCUGGGGAGUUCUUGCUGUUUCCAUCUUUGCGCCAGGAGGAUUCUUGCUGCUGUUGUGGCGUACAUGAACAAAUUUACAUCUUUUUUAUGAAUUUCUUUGCUAAUUAACCCCAAUAAGAAUGCCUCUGUUUUUUUGCUGAAAUUAUAUUUUAAUAUCUUUUUUAGUUCAUUUAGCAGUCAGUUUUCAGUUAGGCCUGGUGCUCACACAAGCCCCCAAACCAGGCAUCUAGUAAGGCAGCUUCUGAACAUAUACAGGUAGUUCAUCCCUGGCAUAUAGUAAGAGGGCCUCUGAGCAUGUGCAGAAUACGCACCCUCCCCAAUGAGGAACUGCAAGUGUCCCUCCCCACCCCUUCAAGGCGCAGUUUCCCCAUCAGGCAUUUUGAUCCUGAGCAAACAGGAGCGGCCCAAAAUUCUUUGUCUGCAGAUGCCUCAGUCUGCCGGUCCCUGGAAUGGGCAGACCUUGGCUCCUUCCUGACCGUUGCGCCCGCUGCCCAGGCCCAGAGGCUCCCUGCUGCCCCCUGCCCUUGCCAAGCCCCACAACCCUCCGCUGCCCCCUGGUUUGCUGACCUGUGGCUUGGCCUGGUGUAGGUUGAUACAGGAGUACCUGAAGAACGUCGGGCAAGAGGAUGGCAAGGCCAGCGCCAUGAGCAGGAAGCAGGGUAAGUUGCAAUGGGGUCCCAGGGCCAGGAUGGCGUAAGAUGGCACCUCGGGGCCUGAGUGCCAGGGCCUGGCAGGGCGGGGAGCGUGAGCUGGGGGCGAGGGUAGAAGGCUGGCCCUGAGCACCCGGGGGGGGGGGCUUUUUUUCCAAGAGGGGCCUCAGGGAAUCCCCUGGGGCAGGUGACACUCUCCUGCUCACUUUAUUUGGGUUGGGAACAAGUGUUUUGGGGAAGAAAUGGGUAAAAAUGAACAAAUUCUGCUGGGGGAGCUGAGCAAACCUCAGAACACGCACAGGUGUGUGUAGCAAAAAGUGUAGCAAAACAGCUGGAGCAGCAGCUGAUUUUGGCAAGAGGAAAAAAGAAGAAGAAUAGAACUGUAGAGUUGGAAGGGAACCGCAGGGGUCAUCUAGUCCACCCCUGCAAUUGAGGAGUCACAACUCAUUACACACACACACACACACACACACACACACACACACACACACCUGACAGAUUACAAUCCAAACUCUGCUUGAAAACUUCUGACCCAGGAGUGUCUCCACCCUCUUCCACCCUCAAAGAGCCCUUGCAGCCAGAAAGUCCUUGCUAAGGUUUAGUCGGAAUCUCCUGCCCUGUAAUUCGAAUUCGGGUGCCGCCCUCCAGAGCAGGAUGUAAACAGAGCGAGGGGAGGGGAAGCGGGGAGCCUGUCUGUGUAUGGCAGGAGAGGGGAAGUCAAACAGGGAAACUAAUGGGAAAUAGGUGCUUUGGGUCUUGAAGAGAGAAGAGGGGGGCCCUGAUCAGUUUGCUGGGGGGGGGGAGCCUCUCUCUGAGCAAAACCAGCAACCUCCACACCCCUUUUGAAGUUGUUAAUGGAGAAAUCUGAGGGCUCCCUUGGACAAAAAACAAGGACACCAGAGCAAAACAGCAGCCAGGAAGCUUGGUCUUGAUUGAAGACUGUGGCGACAGGACUCCCACCUGCCACCAGGUGGAACAAGAUGGAAGCCCCAAACAAAAGAGAACCCAAACUUUUAUUAGCUGCUAAUCUCCAUGUUACACCCCCCCAAACUACAUCACUCAUACAUCAUGAAAGGGGAGGUCUGGUGGCAGGAAUCUGAGCAUCCUGGACCCUGCCCCAUGGUUCCCCUUGCCCUCCACCAAACACCCAUCAAGUGGAACAAAAGAGAUAUUUCCCUGUUUCCCAGCCAAGUUCAUCACACCCUUAUUCCUGGAAUGGCUACCUGUCUGGCACUCAGGUGUCAGGAUGCCAGGAAUAUCACUCAGGCAGAGGGGCUGCUGAGCAGCUGAGCUCACAGGUCUAUAGGAAUUUCUGAAGUUUUCCCAGUGAGCCAGUACAUAGAUGCAUUUAUCAGUGAAUUCUUACAUUUGGUAUCAUGCAGCAAAGGCCCUUUGAAUAGAUAGGAAGAAACUGUGAUGAAGUGUUUUGUGGGGACAAAUCACAAAAGUCACAAACGUGAUUGCGCUGGUUUUGGUAGUGGGCUGCAUGUGCAUGAUAUCUGCUGGAGGGGCAACCCCCCCCCCAACCUGUACCUAAAUUCCUGCAACAAAGUUAAACCACUCAAUAAACAGAAAAAGACCUUCAGGUAACAAGGUGUCACUAUUAAAAGCACCCUUUUUUAAGGCAUAGCAAAGGAUGCUGGGAAAGGGGCCUCCUUGCUCCAGAGUCGUGGCCCCCGCAGAUGGCCAGCAUCUUCCCACUGAAGCACAACCUGUGAUUAUGCAGAGCCUAAAAUAAGUCCCUGGCUGCCCACACAGCCCAGCCGGCUUUGCUCUCCUUUCCCCAAGGGAGCGGAAGGAAGGGAGAAUUUCGAUUCGGACACCCAGAGGAGGCAGCCAAGAUGGUCAAGGGCCUGGAAACCCAGCUGGAUGAGGAAUGGUUGAGACAGGUGGGGUGUUUGGCCUGGGAAAGAGGAGUCUCAGGGGAGACAGGAGAGCCAUCUUCAAAGAUCUCAAGGGCUGAACCAUGGAAGAUGGAGCAAGCUUGGGUUUUUUGCUGCUCCAGAGGUGAGAACCCAAAAUAAUAGAUUGAAAUGCUAGAAUAACGGCAGAUCAAGUUGAUGGAUUAUGCUGAAAUGGCUAAAAUGCCGGAAGAAUCAGAAAUCAGGAAAAUCAAAAUUUUAAUAAGGAAUAGGGGAAAUUUAUAGCUUAUCUUAAAGACCAUUGUAAACAGUUAGUUAGUUAGUUAGUUAGUUAGUUAGUUAGUUAGUUAGUAGGAUUGGAAUAUCACUUGUAGCUUAAUGGUGAAUUUUGGAUACAGCGGAGAGGUAAAAUAUGUGGACUAUCAUAAAAGAUGCAGGAGGAAAUGAUUAACAAUCAGACCCACAAAGGGGAGGAUGGAAGUCCAGGAGAUUCCUUGGAAUCUUGUUUUUAUGUUGCAUGUUGAAUAUGUGACUGUGAAAUUUUAAUCUGAAAAACCAAAUAAAUUUUUUAAAAAGAAAUGCAAGAAAGGAGCUUCCCAGUGAAGCAGCUGCAACAUCUGCCCAGCAACUCUGGUCUGAGUGCUGGGGACAUCCUGGAAAAUAGGGGUCGUGUUGUGGUGAGGAAGGCUCUGUGGGUCAGGAAGGAGAGGUGAGAGGGUGGUGGGAGUCCCAGGCCGCAGGAAGACCUCAGCCCCACCGCUGGAGUCACCCCACUGGCUCUUGCUCUGGGCAGGAUUUGGGCUCCUGUGCCCUCUGGCUCAGCCCCCCAAUAUCUCACCCCUCUGGUGUUUACAGCUCUGUUGCUCCUCUUCGCCCUCCACGACUACGACAAGAGUGGACGGCUGGACGGGCUGGAGUUCAUGAGGCUGCUGAGCGAGAUGCCCUCCCAGAGAGACAGUUCUGUGCCAGACUCGGUAGGUGCCACUUUCACUCCUUGGCCUUUGGUAUACCAGGCAGAGGGGGCAUCUCUGCCCAGGCUGCAGGGGCUGUGAAUCUGAGUGCCUUCCCUGCUAUGGCUGCCUCUGCCUGCCUGCGAUUUCAAAGCUCAUCCGCUUUGUUGUUGUUGAGUCAUUUAGUUGUGUCCGCCUCUUUGUGACCCCCUGGACCAGAGCACGCCAGGCACUCCUGUCUUCCACUGCCUCCCGCAGUUGGGUCAAACUCAUGUUCGUACCUUCGAGAACACUGUCCCACCAUCUCCUCCUCUGUCGCCCCCUUCUCCUUGUGCCCUCCAUCUUUCCCAACCUCAGGGUCUUUUCCAGGGAGUCUUCUCUUCUCAUGAGGUGGCCAAAGUCUUGGAGCCUCAGCUUCAGGAUCUGUCCAUGGAGUUUUCUUGGCAGGGAUAUUGGAGUGGCUUGCCGGUUCCUGCUCCAGGUGGAUCACGUUUGGUCAAAACUCUCCACUAUGACCUGUCCAUCUUGGGUGGCCCUGCACAGCAUGGCUCAUAGCUUCUCCGAGUUAUUCAAGCCCCUUCGCCACAGCAAGGCAGUGAUCCAUGAAGGGGCUCAUCCGCUUAGACAUAGGCAAACCUGGCCCUCCAGAUGUUUUGGGACUACAACUCCCAUCAUCCCUAGCUAACAGGACCAGUGGUCAGGGAUGGUGGGAAUUGUAGUCUCUAAACAUCUGGAGGGCCGAGUUUGCCUGUGCCUGGCUUAGAAUCAUAGAAUUGUAGAGUUGGAAGGGGACCCCUAGAGUCAUCUAGUCCAGCCCCCGCCAGUGCAGGAACCUCAGUCAAAGCAUCCGGGGCAGAGGGCCAUCCAACCUCUGCUUUGACACCUCCAAGGAAGGGGGCUCUCCAGCCCUCCAUUUCUGCGUACACUGGACAAGCAGAAAAGUGUCUGGAGUCCACAGUCAGAGGCAGCUGGGCUUCCAAAGGACCGUUGCUGGAGACCGCAGAGGGGAAGAGUUCCUCUUGCGCUCAAAUCUUGCUUGCUGGUUUCCCCUUGGGGGAUCUGGUCGGCCAUGGGGAGGGCACGAUGCUAGACUAGAUGGGCCAUUGGCCUGAUCCAGAGGCCCUCUCCUCCUAGCCCCCUCCAUGAAUUUGUCUAACUCUCUUCUAAAGCUAUCACUGCUUCUUGUGGCAGUGAGUUCCAAAGUUUAAUUAUACGCUGCAUGAAAAAGUUCCUUUUUAAAUCUGUCCUGACUCUUCCAACAUUUAGCUUCAAUGGACAUUCAUGAGCUCCAGUGUGAUGAGAGAGGGAGGAAAACUUUUCUCCAGGCAUAAUUUUAUAAACUUCUGUCCUGUCGCCUCUUCCUUGCCUUCUCUCUAAAUUACAGAGUCCCAAAUGCUGUAUCCUUUCCUCACAAGGCAGUGGUUGCAUUGCCUCAAUCCAUUGGUCCUUUCCUGAAACUUCUUCAACUCUUUAAGAGAGAAGUGCAAAUUCCAGGUGGCUCAUCACUGCAUGCCAACCAUGAUGGGCACCUGCCACCUGCAGAACCAGAGGCGCCUUUCCUGUGCAAGACCUUUUCCUGGGGGUGGGGGGCAGUAGGGCAGAGGCCUUGCAGAGACCCUCAUGUCCUCUUAGUGGGCUUCUGUUCUUACUCAUAAUUUUCUGGUUUUAUUCUCCUUGAGGUGGGGUUUUAUUUUUCCAGUCAAGGGGUGUAUAAAAGUUAUGAAAUAAAUGGAAAUGCCCCCCUUGACCCCUGCAGGUAGUCCUGAUGGUGGACAACAUCCUGGCGACUCAGGACCUGAACCACGAUGGGCUGCUGGAGCCGUCAGAGCUGCUCCAGGGGCCCUGGCACAGCCAGACCCCCACCCUCCUCGCUGCCCCCGAUGGAGAAGAGGGCAGCGUCCUGCGGGCACCCCCUGCACCUGAUGGACAAGGCGUCGGCCACCCGGAUCCUCUUGGCCAGCAAGGCACUGCUGAGUCCCCGGCUGCGUCAGAGGCGGCUCAGGACCAGGGCGUGGUGGAGGCCCCUUCGCUGAGCCCCCCGGCACAGAAUCAGGAGGGGGCACCGGGGCAAGGAGAAGCAGCUGAGGCACCUCAGCCACAGGAGACUGGGGAGCCUCUCAUGCCAGGAGACUGA